AUGAAAUCAAAAAAGAAACCAUUUAGCAAAUUGCGAAGUAAAAUUACGUUCAGAAAAAGAUCGAAAAGUUCGGAAGCAACAAGUUCGGAUAGAAGUUCAUCAGCACAAAGAGCAAGGGAACAACAUUUGUCUGUCGAAUAUGAUUUAUCGGUAAGUUUCGAAGUUUUAGAAAAAUAUGAGAACUAAAUUUUUCUACCUAGAAUGCCUGUAUUCACUUGGAAGCCUUGAUGAAUGCUGCAAGAUUCGGAAAUGCCGAUUUGAUGUACCAACUUUAUCUCAACAACGUCGAUCUCAAAAUGACUGAUGAUACUGGAAACAAUGCUUGCCACUUGGCAGUUAUGAAUCAUCAACAAAAAAUAGUCAGAAUGAUAAUUGUCUUAUGUGCACCGUUUCCGAUUUGGAAACAGAAAAACAAUAGUGGCAAUUUGCCAAUCGAAUUGGCAACUGAUGAAAAGUAACGAUUUAAAUCGAUUUUUAAUAAAGAAACAAGUUUGAAAUUGAAUUUCAGGACAAUCGAAGAUCUGACAGCCUUGGAUAAGCCAAAAAUCAAAUGCCCAUUGGUUCAAGUUUCCAACGUGGAUUCGAUUUUUAAUGAUCGACUCGUGAAAGGAAAAACCAAAUGGGAACCGAAUGAACGAGUUCUUUUCGCAUUAGAUGGCGGUGGGGUUCGAGCAUUGAUCACCAUUCAAAUGUUGAUUCAUUUGAAUGCUCUACUCGAUUCAAAACUUGUUGAGAAAAUUGAUGAUUUUGGAGGAACCAGUUGUGGUGGAGUUAUUGCUUUGUUAUUGGCGACUAGUAGGUGGCGGAAACCGGAGUCUCGUUGUUUUUUUGUCCCCAACAAAAACCCUAUUUUUUGCAGACCGUGAAGUUGAAGAUGUUCGCAAGCUCCUCUUGGAUAUGCGUGAUCGUGUGUUCGCAAAAACCCAAGGUCGCGGAGUUUGGCCGAAAUACAAUGCGGGUGGCAUCGAAUAUAUUGCACGACAUGUCACAACCUGGGAGGAUUCAAAAAUGUCGAUAAUCAAAAGACAUCGAGUUUUUGUAACUGUCGCUGAUACACGAAUGGUUCCCCCGCAGCUUCUGUUAUUUCGCUCAUAUUGUCCUGAAAUGUCCGAAGAAGCCAAAGAUUUUUAUAAGUUUUUUGAUCCGAAAAAAGUGGAAUUGUGGAAAGCGUUGAGAUGCACCACGUAAGCUAAAUUAGAUUUUUGGUUUUUGAAAAGUUUUUCGUUGUUCAGAGCUGCCCCAUUUUUCUUCGAAAGUUUCAAUGGUUUAUCAGAUGGUGGAUUGAUUGCAAAUAAUCCAACACUUCCAUUAAUUGCAGAUUUUAUGCUGAUGAAUAAAUUGGAGAAAACUUUUGCUGUAAGCUUUUCAAAGGUCAAACCAAAUCCCAUUAUUUUCUAUUUUGAAGAAAUCGGAUUCUGAGCGAGAAGAGAAGGGAAAUUGGAAGGUUGGAUGUGUUGUUUCACUGGGAACUGGAAUCUUUCCGCUCGAGAAAAUUGAUGGAAUUGAUUUGAGUAUUCCACAUAUGAAAAAUCCCCUUCAACUUGCGAAAUCUUUCUAUAAAGCGAUUGGAAAUACCAAGAAUAUGUUGAAUGUUUUGGUGAAAGAAUGUACUGCUUCAAAUGGACAACCGGUGAAAUAUGCAAGAGAAUGGUGUCAUGCAAUCAAAUGUCCUUAUUUUAGGUAAGGCAGUUAGCCUUUCUAUAGAAAACCAUUAUUUAUCUCAGAUUUUCACCACAAUUGACACAAGGCAUUGCACUUGAUGAAACCGAUCUUGGAAAAAUAAUGCAUGUUAUGUGGGAGACUGAACUGUAUGUUGCGGAAAAUCGAGAAACUCUGAAGAAUCUUGCGCAAUUUUUGAGCACCAAACCAAAGAGGGAAGAAUUUGCUGAAUCGGAGACUGAAAUAUCGAAAAGUGAUUUGUCGUCGCAAGAACAGACGAGAGUUGAUUCGACAACGAUGGAAACUAGUGAGCAUUAG